AUGGUUCAGACGUGCUCAGCUUACGGCUGUAAGAACCGCUACGUCAAAGAGAAAGACAUUUCCUUCCACAAGUAGGUUAAUGUGAACUGUGUGUGUGAAAGGUACGAAGUGUUAACUGUCCAGACAUGAUUAUUAGGCACUGAAAUGUUCUCCAAGAGGACCAAGAGAUAUAAGUUCAGCCAGAUCACCAGUCCCCGUUCACUAAUCCUCCGUUUUGAUAAAUGGUUGCUCAUCGCCAACCUUAAGAGGACGAUACAAGUAAAGAAAAAACGUCUGUUGUACCUGUAGAUUGUAAAGGUCAAAUCGGGCUACAGAAAUUUCCCAUUCACCAUUUUAAUAAGAUCGUUUUUUGCUUUUGUGUCAAGUUUGCUGCUUGUUCUCAGCACCCCUUCCCACAGAGUAACAAGUUCAAGAACACCAUGUUCGUGAUCGAUAUCGACUGUCGAUAUAUUCAGCUGAUAUGAAAACUUAACUAAACAUAUUUUUAACAGAUGUUUUGUAAGCCGAAUUUGCCAGUUUAUUUUCUACGUUCAUAAAAAAUACAAAUUAUUUAUUUUUAACUAUUUCCGCCUAUUUAGGUCAAUUGAGAUAAUAAAUUAUUCGAAAUGUAACUGGACUUUGGUUAAAAUUUUAAGUCCUUGCUUUUUGCCUGUCAGGCUAAUGUUAGCCAUCAGCCUCCUCAGCUGUUGAAGUCAGAGGUGUGAGAGGAGUUAAACCAGACUGAAAUCAGGACUAGAGAGCAGUCCAUAACUUAUGUGAGCGCAUAUAUAUUAAUUUUUAUAAUGAAACGUUCUAUACCCUUUGAUUAUUCAUGUUAUUUUGGGGUAAGAGGUUUAGGUCAUCUUGAUCCUACCAAGUCUAGUGAUUGUUAACAGGAAAAGGGUGUUUACAUUGCUGUUUCAUUCAAAUAUAACCCUAUUUGACCUUAAAAAAAAAAAAUGAAAUACGACUUUAAAAGUUAGGGAGAGUGUUUUUAUUAACAAUUCGUAGCAAAUUCUUCCGAUAACUUACCUAUCAACUACUUUCAACUGUCAUGAGUACAUUCAUGCCAAUUGGAAAUAUUUCAACUGUCAAGCUGAUACUUGGACCCCAUCAGUUUUAGCCUUUUUGCAUCAAAUUAGCGUAAUAAUCAAAAGUUUAAACCUUAAUAUUUUGUCCUAUAGUGUCCCUGUCCAAUCAAGCCACAACCCAAACAUUAUUUAGAACUUACCAUUUCUUAAUGAUUAAAAGAUAAAGUUUAAAAUAAUGAUUUCAACCAUUUCAUAUAGUAUCUCAUAAUAAUCGUAAUAAGAACAGAAUUGAAGAUGCUUGGUGUUAUUUUAAGAGCAAGACGGUCUUUUUAUUCUACAGAAGGUUUAACUGGUAAACAAGUGGUGCUAAAUCCAUCAAGAAAAAUAUUUAUUAAGGUGUUUAUCUUUGUAGCAAUAAUAUUAAUAACUUUAUGUAAGUAGCACUUUUAAAAACAAGGGUUUAGUGCUUUGACAUGCAGACCAUUGUCCAUGACUCGCUGGUUUUUGUCCUCACAUCCAUUAUUUUUAGCUAAAUGUUUUGAUCCUUUUGUCCGAACUAUGAGCCUGUUUUGCAGUCACUAAUUUGCUGUAUUUAGGUCAGUUUUUCAACUACUACUUUGUUAAAAUAUUCAGAUUUUUGGCCUCUGCAUCUGUCUGUGUAGAUGCUGGUGUAUGAAUUUUUGUUUUUAAGAAUAACUUAAAUGUUUCAGUGAUUACCAGACCUACACACGAUCAGUAUCCCAAAUGUAUUAAAAACAUUUUGUAGAAGAAACCAUCCUCUGGUCAUGUUCUGUUGUUUUCAUUAUGGACUGAUAAAUUGAUUUUUCCAGGUUUCCAAUGACCCGUCCUCAUGUUUGUGUAAAAUGGGUUGCUGCGAUGAACAGAGACAACUUCAAGCCGACAAAAUACAGUAGUAUCUGCUCAGAGCACUUCACCAAAGACUGCUUCAAGAUGGAGUGCAACAACCGAGUGCUGAAAGACAACGCAGUGCCGUCGAUCUUUGACAUGAAGGUGAAGCAGAUCACCCAUCACUGAUGAGGUCUGUUAGGCAUUAUGUUGCCUUUGGUCGGCUCAAAAAAGAACUAAAACCUCUUUUUGUGUUUUCUGUCUCGCAGACCUUGGAGGAUUCCCUCACCAUGGACAUCCCCUCCCCUCUCUCUCUACCUCAGAACUCUGAUCCUGCAACAGCUGGGAUAGACGACCUGCCUGACACGGCGUCGGUCUGCUGUGAUCACGACUACACAUCAGAGGACUCAUCUCGGCAGAAGAGGCGCAUCGAGCAGCUGGAGAGUCAGGUGAGGAUCCUGAAGAAGAGACUGAAGUCGAUGCAACAGAAAUGUCGGCGGCAGGAGGUGAGGCUGAAGAGGCUGAAGGCCUCAUGUGGGACGCCGAAAAAGAACUGCGAAGGUAUCCAGUUACAAGACGCAGAGGGAGGUCAGUGUGAUCUGAAAGCAACCAGAGAACCUGCUGAAGAGCCGCUGGGCGAGUCAGUGAAGCCAGAACUAGAAUCUGGAGAACUCUGUGAAUCAGAAAGACCGCCUAAGGAAGAGGAAACUUCAGCCUGA